CUCUUGAUCUCCCUCGGUGAAGAAUGAGCAUACUGCACGCAGAAACCCACCUUCUCUUUGGUGAUUCCAACUUCAUUACUCUGAAUUAACUUCAAAACUCUUAAACCAUGAGAUCACCUGUCAGACAGACCACUGAAGGGAAGAAUUCUUUUCAUGUUUUAUAACUAUCUCUGUUCGUGCAGUGUUUUGGCUUCACCAUGCGUUCCUGUCGUUCCUGCAAUGUCCGGGUACUGGUGGCUAUUGUGUGUGGGCUACUGACAGGCAUUGUUCUGGGACUCGGCAUCUGGAGGAUGGUCAUAAGGAUCAACAGAGGGAUAUUUGUUCCUGUGCCAAGUAUCCCUGUACAGUUCUGCAGGAAUGGCGGAACCUGGCAAAAUGGCAGAUGCAUUUGUACAGAAGAGUGGAAAGGGCUGCGUUGUACAAUUGCUAAUUUCUGUGAAAAUAGUACCGACGGUGAAUUCACCUUUGGCAGUAUCCCAGUGGGCAGAUAUGGACCCUCUUUGCAAACAUGUGAACCGGGCACCCUCAAUGCGGGCAGUCCUAAAGCAACUCGGCUGUGCAAUGUUUCUGAGUUUGGAAACAUAGAACUACAAAAUGUAACCAAAGGAAGUUGUAAUAUAAAUCUACAGACCCUGGAGAUACAGAUAAACAACCAAACAGCAAGUGCUGAGAAUAUUUCUAGAGAAGCCCAGGUUUUAACAGCAGAUGCCAGUAAACUGACUGCUCAGAAUAUCACUUCUGCUACUACAGUGGUUGGACAGAUCUUCGGUAAAGCCAACAAUGAAAGCCAGGCAAAAAAAACUGCUAUAGCCACAGUGAGUCAGAUUUUGGAUGCCAGUGAAGAUGUUUUUCAAAAAGCUGCUGAGAUGGACAACAGCAAAUCCUUUAGCAAUCUUAUCAAGCAAAUGGAGAAUUACUCCUAUUCUCAAGGUGAUCAGACAGUGGUGGAACCCAAUAUAGCAAUCCAGUCCGUCACUCGAGACGACAAUUCAGGGCCAAGUGUUCUCUUCUCCGUACAGAAAGGAUCUAGUAAUUCUCUGGUUUCUGGUAGAAUAUUGAUUAACAAAACUGCAAAUGGACUCAACCCAGACGGACAGACCGAACUUCAGAUCUUACUUAAUACUGGGGAAAAUAGAAAAUCAUGUGGUUUUAUGGUGUAUCAAAACCACAAACUUUUCCAAUCAAAAACUUUCACUGCUACAUCAGAUUUUAGUCAAAAAAUUAUCUCCAGCAAAAUAAAUGAAAGUGAACAACAACGCCAAAAUAAAGUUUCUGUGGAAAUGGUAUUUAAUCCUACGUAUGACAAAAGAGAACUCCGGCUUCACUCCUAUGCUUGUGUCUACUGGAAUUUUUUAAUAAAUGACUGGGACACACAAGGCUGCCAAAAAACCGGGAACACCACAGAAUUCCUCCGUUGCAACUGCAGCCACACGACCAAUUUCGCUGUAUUGAUGAGUUUCAAAAAGGAUUACAAGUAUCCCAAAUCUCUAGACAUAUUAUCCAACAUCGGCUGUGCCUUAUCCAUUGCUGGUCUGGCUCUCACAAUCUUAUUCCAGAUUCUCACCAGGAAAAUCAGAAAAACCUCAGUAACCUGGGUGUUGGUCAGUUUGUGUUCAUCAAUGUUGAUUUUUAACCUCCUCUUUGUGUUUGGAAUUGAAAACUCCAAUAAGAACCUAAAGACAAGUGAUAGUGACAUCAAUGUUAAACCUGAAAAUAACAAAAUACCAGAAAGUGACACCAUUGAAACCCCGAAUCCCUCAUGCACAGCCAUUGCUGCCUUGCUCCACUACUUUCUGCUGGUGACAUUCACCUGGAAUGGACUCAGUGCUACACAACUCUACUUCCUUCUGAUAAGAACCAUGAAGCCUCUCCCUCGGCAUUUCAUUAUCUUCAUCUCAUUAGUUGGAUGGGGAGUUCCAGCAAUAAUAGUAGGUGUGACGAUUGGGAGUAUUUAUGCCCUGAGUGGGAACAAGAGGUACUGGGAGUUAGACUAUCGGCAAGAGGAAAUUUGCUGGCUGGCCGUUCCCAAGGACAAUGAUUAUGCAAGAAGUCCACUUUUGUGGUCGUUCAUCAUACCUGUAACCAUUAUCCUCAUCACCAACAUUACUAUAUUUGUCAUAAUCACAGUCAAAGUGUUGUGGAAGAACAACCAGAACCUGACAAGCACAAAAAAAGUUUCAUCCCUAAAGAAGGUUUUCAGCACACUAUCUAUCGCUGUUGUUUUUGGAGUUACCUGGAUCUUGGCAUAUGCUAUGCUAAUUAGUAACGAUGACAUCAGGAUUGUUUUCAGCUACAUAUUCUGUCUUUUCAACACCACUCAGGGAUUGCAAAUAUUCAUUCUCUACACUGUUCGAACAAAAGUAUUUCAGAGUGAAGCUUCCAAAAUACUGAAGUCACUGUCAUCAUCCUUUGAUAGAACGAAGCCAAUGCCUUCGAUAACCCCGCUGAAACUGCGUGUAAGGAUGUACAAUAUGCUCAGGUCCCUACCAUCCCUAAAUGAACGCUUUAGGCUGCUGGAGCCAUCUGGAAUGACUGAGGAAACAUCAUUGUCUUGAAAGUGACCAAGCAAAAUCAAGUGCCUAACAAGAGUUACCCAUGAUGGUCUUUUGAUUCCAACUCAUAAGAAUUGUAUCUGUUUAUGUUAUUCUCUAAGUGUCCUACAAGAUCUUCCUGAAUGCAUGUUAAAGCUGUUUAUUAUCAC